UCUGCCUUAUAAACACAAAAAUCAAACAGAGCCCCAAAUUUCUCCGGAACCCCAAACUCGGAUCGGUCCAACUCAGUGAGUCGCUUCUCAUAUUCAAAACUCUCUCCCUCAAAUCCCUCCAAAAUCAAAACCCAUUUCCAAAACAACACGAUGAACCCUUUUUUCUCUUAAAAGUCCAUAUAUACAUAUAUACAUACGCCUAUUCAGUCAUAUUUAUAUAUAAUUUGUUUUAUAUAUUAUGCAAUUGAAAUCGGGUUCGGGUUUGGGUUCGAGUUCUUCGCCUACGGGCGCUAGGCUUCGAAAGAAGCACAAGAGACUCGAUGCGAUAUGUGAAACCGUGUAUAAUCAGAACCAUAGCGAGUCCCUCAAUGAGGAAAAAUCCGGGUCGGGUCAGGCUGCUGACUUGGAGCUCCGACGGAGUUCACGGGUCAGGCGGGCACCUGAACUGCUCGAUGUGUCACCGCCACCGGCUAAGAAACGGAAGAAGAUGAAGAAGAAAGUGAAUUUGGGUGUUAGUAAAAGUUAUAGGAGUGGUAAUAGCAGUUAUAAGAUUGGCAAUAGUAGUUUAAGGAGUGGCAAUAGUAGUUCGAAGAGGGUUAUGGAGGAGGAGGAGGAGGAUAGUGAAGGAGAAGAGGAUUUGGAUGAUACGCCGGGGAGUUGGAGGUCGAGGUUGAGGACAAGAGGGAGGAAUGCUGGGAAGGGAGGGAGCAGUGGGGAGAGUAGGAGGAGGAAGCUUUUUGAUGACAUGGAGGCGGGGGAGAGUGAAUUGGGUGAGGGAGAGGGGGGUUUUGAUGGUGGCAAGUUUGUUAUGGGUUCGAAGAGGGUAGGGAGAGUUAAGGCAUUGAGUGGGCUGGAGAGUGAGGAGAAAGAGGGUGGGAAUGGGCACGGUAGUGGAAAUGUGAGUGAGAACGAUGAGGAUGAGGAGGGUGAGGAAGAUGAUGAGAUGGAGGUGGUGAGGAGUGAGGAUAGUGAUGAGAGUGUGCUGGAUUUGGGUGGUGAAAUUGAUGGUGGAAAUGAGGAGGAAAUAGGGGAUGACGAUGGUGUGAAGGUAAAGGGAGAGGAGGAGAAAGAGAGAUUGGAUGGUUUGGAAUUGGAGAGGAAGGGUGAUGGAAAUGAGAACGUGGAAAAUGUAGAGGAUGAUGAGAAAAUGGAGGAGUUGGUGAUGAUGGAUGCGGAAAAUGAGAGGGAUGUUGAUGAGGUUAAUGGGGCUUUGGUGAACGAAUUGGAGGAUGGACAAUGUGGUGCUGAUGAGAUUAAAAAGGAUGAUGUGGAAAAUGUAGAUUUGACAAAAGGGGUGGAGGACAGAGGGUGCUGUGAUAAAAAUGAAAAGGAUGUUGUUGAAGAGUAUGUAGAUUUGACAAAGCAGGUGGAGAACAAAGGUGGAUUGGAUGAGCUAGAGGGUGAGAAAGAUGUGAAGGUGGACAAAAUGAAGCGUGAUUCAACCAGUAGUCUUGGCAGAUCAAAGAUUAAACAGGGUAGAUGUUGUGGUUUGUGUGGGUGUGGAAAUGAUGGUAAACCACCUAAAAGGUUGGUGCAAGAUGGCGGUGAGAGUGAAAAUGAGGCAUAUAGUGGUUCAUCAGCUUCAGAGGAUGUAAAAUAUGAUGUAUGGGACGGGUUUGGUGAUGAACCAGGGUGGCUUGGUCGUCUCUUGGGUCCUAUAAAUGAUCGUUAUGGUAUUGCUGGAAUCUGGGUUCAUCAAAACUGUGCUGUAUGGAGUCCAGAGGUUUAUUUUGCUGGCUUGGGUUGCUUGAAAAAUGUUAGGGCUGCACUUUGCAGAGGCAAAGCAUUAAAAUGUAGCCGCUGUGGAAGGCCAGGGGCAACUAUUGGAUGUCGUGUUGAUCGGUGUCCGAAAACUUACCACUUGCCUUGUGCACGAGCCACUGGCUGCAUUUUUGACCAUCGAAAAUUUCUUAUAGCAUGCACAUAUCAUCGGCAUCUCUUCCAACCUUAUGGUAAUCAACAUGCAAUACGGAUAAAGAAAUUGAAAGCUAAGAAAAUGAAGUUACAAUUGAGAAAGGUUUCGAAUGAUGCUUGGCGAAAGGAUGUUGAAGCGGAAGAAAAAUGGUUGGAGAACUGUGGCGAGGAUGAAGAGUUUUUAAAACGUGAAAGCAAGAGGCUCCAUCGGGAUUUGUUGAGAAUUGCACCUGUGUACAUUGGAGGCACUGAUGGUGGAAAACUAUUUGAGGGCUGGGAGUCUGUUGCAGGGCUUCAGAAUGUCAUCCAAUGCAUGAAGGAAGUGGUAAUUUUGCCUCUAUUAUAUCCUGAGUUCUUCAGUAAUUUAGGGAUUACACCUCCUAGGGGUGUUCUUUUGCAUGGGUACCCUGGAACAGGUAAAACUCUUGUAGUACGGGCAUUAAUUGGUUCAUGUGCUCGUGGUGAUAAACGAAUAGCAUAUUUUGCUCGCAAAGGUGCAGACUGCCUAGGAAAGUAUGUUGGGGAUGCUGAGCGCCAACUGAGGCUCCUGUUUCAGGUCGCUGAAAGAUGUCAACCUUCAAUUAUAUUCUUCGAUGAGAUAGAUGGAUUAGCACCUUGUCGUUCAAGGCAGCAAGACCAGACUCACAGCUCAGUUGUAUCCACACUGCUUGCUCUUAUGGAUGGUUUAAAAUCCCGGGGUUCAGUAAUAGUGAUUGGUGCAACCAACCGUCCUGAGGCUGUUGAUCCAGCAUUACGUAGGCCUGGGAGAUUUGAUAGGGAGAUUUACUUUCCAUUGCCAUCAGUUGGGGACAGGGCUGCUAUUCUCUCCCUCCACACACGAAGUUGGCCUAAACCUGUUACUGGGUCUUUGCUGAAGUGGAUUGCAAGAGGAACUGUAGGUUUUGCUGGUGCUGAUCUGCAGGCUCUUUGUACUCAAGCUGCUAUUAUUGCUUUGAAGAGGAAUUUCCCUUUGCACGAAAUGCUAGCUGCUGCAGGCAAUAGAUCUCCUGGUGCUAAACGCAUUCCUCUUCCAGCUUUUGUAGUGGAAGAGAGGGACUGGUUGGAGGCUUUAGCUUGUUCCCCACCCCCUUGCUCUCGUAGAGAAGCAGGGAUAGCUGCUUAUGAUUUGGUCUCCUCCCCUCUUCCCACUCACCUCAUUCCAUGUCUUUUGCAGCCACUAUCUACCUUGUUUGUUUCAUUGUAUCUGCAUGAACACCUCUGGCUGCCUCCUACUCUUUUGAAAGCUGCAAAAAUGUUUGAAUCUCUGAUUGUUUCUUCUUUAGAGAAGAAUAAUCUGCCUACUGAUCGUUGGUGGUCUCACAUUGACAGUUUCCUUAGAGAAGCAGAUGUUGCCAAGGAAAUAUGGAGGAAACUUUCAUGUGCUGGCAUAUUAACUAGAGAGGUUAUUGGUGCUGAUACUGAUGCUUUUGCAGAAGAAACUGAUGCUGAAAGUGUUCAGGUUGAACCUUCUGCAGUUCAUAAUAGGGGCAUGCACACUAGUUUAUUUCGAGAGGUUUCUUUUGCAUCGAGCAAGAAAUCUGGAUUUCGAGUAUUGAUAGCCGGGAGUCCCAGAUCUGGCCAGAAGCAUCUUUCUUCUUGCUUUCUUCAUUGUUUUGUCGGAAACGUUGAAAUUCAGAAGGUUGAUCUGGCUACUGUUUCACAAGAGGGGCAUGGUGAUAUGGUGCAAGGAAUAACAAGAAUAUUAAUGAAGUGUGCCAGUUUCCAAUCAUGCAUGAUAUUCCUGCCAAGAAUUGAUUUGUGGGCUGUGGAGACAUGUCAUAAAGUUAAUGACGACGGUGAUGCAUCUUCAAUUAAUCAUCAAGUUUAUGAGGAGAAAGAAUCCUCUUUGACAAACAGUCAAGUUGUGGAAGAGGAAAAUGAGUCACCCAUCCAUCAAUGUAUACCGGCUGAAAUGACAGAACCCCAAAAUGCUGCCCAAAGUAUAUCACCUGCCUGGAGCUCAUUUGUUGAGCAGGUGGAAUCGAUAUCCGUGUCGACUUCCUUGAUGAUUCUGGCUACCUCAGAGCUUCCAUCCUCAGAACUUCCCCAAAGAGUAAGGCAUUUCUUUGAAAACAAUAGCUCGAAUAGCAGGCAUUCAACUCCAUUGGAGCACACAGUACCCCGAUUUCCUGUGCAUAUUGAUGGGAAUUUCAACCAUGAUACAGUGAUCAGUCUUUCAGCAGAAGCAUUAUUGAGAGACAUAAUUCAACCAUUUGUUCAGUUGAUUCAUCUUAAAGCUCACAUCCCUACAAAUAUACCCAAACAUCAUAAAACUUGUGAUUCCAUUCUUGCUUGUUCAAAUGCAGAAUAUGACAAUCAAAAUCUUUGUUCAGUUGUUAAAAAUGAGGCUGGCACACAAUGUCCUCAUGGUCCUUUAAAUGUUCCACCACCACCCAAUAAUAGAAGUUUGAAAGGAAAAUCAAGCAUGUUGUUGGCAAUCUCUACAUUUGGCUAUCAAGUUCUGCGGUAUCCUCAUUUUGCUGAACUCUGUUGGGUUACAUCUAAACUUAAAGAAGGUCCUUGUGCAGAUGUUAGUGGUCCUUGGAAGGGAUGGCCUUUCAAUUCUUGCAUUAUUCGUCCCUGUAACUCAUUAGAUAAGGUGGCUGCUGCUUGUAGCUCUGGCAAUAUUAAAAGCAAAGAGAGAUCAGGUUUAGUCAGAGGGUUACUUGCUGUUGGUUUAUCAGCAUACAAGGGUGAGUACAAUUCACUUAGAGAGGUCUCCUUUGAGGUAAGGAAAGUUCUUGAGCUUCUAGUUGGACAAGUUAAUGAAAAAAUUCAGGCUGGGAAAGAUAGAUAUCAAUAUGUUCGUCUUCUAUCACAAGUGGCUUACCUGGAAGAUGUGGUAAACAGCUGGGCAUAUGCACUGCAGAGUUUAGAGCCCGACACUCAAGUGAAAGUGGCAAAUGCUAAACUGAAAACCAUGGAAUUCCCAGGUAAUGAUACCUGUGCAGAUAAUUCUGUUGAAAGACAGCACAAGGGAGACACUCCUGAUAGAAACUUCCAUGAAACUGAAAGGCUGGAAGAAAGUCCCAAGGGGUUUUCUGAUAAAAAUCAGGAAGGAGGUGAAUCAAAUAAAGUAGAAAAUGGUUUUUGUGAUCUUAACCCUGAGGACAGAGCUAUUCUUUCAGAAGAUGGAUCAGAACAACAUACCAUCCUCUGUGAAGGUGCCAAAACUGAUAACCAUCAAAAUUCUCCUGCUGAUAAUCAGUUGGUUGGUAAUAUUACAAAUGAGCAGAAUGGGACCUCUCACAGACAAAGUGAACCUGAAAUUACUAAAAAUCUUGCAGUUACUGAUGGAAAUUCAGAAACCUUGAAACAUUCUAAUGGAUAUACACUCACAGAACCUGCCCCCUUUUCUGAGAAUGGUCUCUGCAAUUCAGGUGAAUUGGGUGCCUUGAAGCUCUCUGACCCUGGGAGCUCCUGCAAUCAGAGUAAUGGGUUGGCUGCAGAGGGAAUGGUAACAUUUGAUGAUACUGAACCUAACCAUAGUGAGCAUGCUGAAGACAUUGACGUCUCUCCGGUUGAAACUAGCUGUCCUCCUAAUUCUGGCUUUGUGUGUUUGUAUCGCUGCUGCUCUGUAUGUCUUAAUGCUGUACACGACAUGAUUCAGAAAUUCCUUGCUUGUAAAUUGGCAUUAAACAAGAGCAAUUUGACAGUAGAGGAUGUUCACGAUGCUGUUGCAUCAUUGUCAGUGGAUCUUCUUUCAGUGAUUAGAAAAAUUGAUAUUACUGAAGAAAUCAGCAAUUCAUUCAAGGAAAGCUCUGAUAGAAAUCCUGAAAGAUAUGAUGGCUUCUCAGAAUUGCAUAGCUGUCAAUGUAAAAGUUCUGAAGAUAGUUCAAUUGUCCCAACAGAAUGUGGUUGUCACUCUGUGUUCGAAUCUGUAACUGUGAAAGCAAGUCAUUCGCCAGGCUCCCAGUUUGGACUUGACCCAAAAUUCAUUUUCAGAGAUGGCAUUCUUGUCCUUGUAGAUACCACCGAGGAUGUUUCUUUCCAUUGUAAAUAUGAGACUUUGUGCCUUUGUUCUCUUGUAAAAUCAGUAGCAAUGAUGAAGCAACCUUUUGGUUGAUUUUGCACAGCUUGGAAUUGCCUGGCAAUGGCAACUCGGGUCCUUCACGCAGUCUGUAGGUUUAUAUCCUCUUCCUAUAUAGAAUCAAAAUUUUGUCAGUAAGUUCCAAUAUAAAGAUGUUUAUUUUGUUUACCAUUGUCAGCAAUUCAAAGAGCUUUAUUUUCUAA